AUGUCCUCCGACCAGCACCACUCACUCCCAAGACCACCCAACCUCAUCAAUCCCAUCACCACCCACCCCCAUCCAUCCGGCCCUCGCUCCCUGCCUCAGGCCAGCAAAAACGAACGCCUGCUCUCUCCCUCGGCAGACUCCCCAACCUCCCCUCAGCAGCAUCCACCCGCCUCACAGCCACGGAACAGACCUCUGAUCUUCUCCUACCAAGACAAGGACUCCCAACCAGCAUCGCCCGUCCCAUUCCAUCUUCCAUCCUCUUCAUCAUCUCAAUCAUCCAGAUCUUCAUCAAACUCAAAGCAGCAACAGCAGCAGCAGCAACCACAGCAGCAGCAGCAACCACAGCAGCGCCCUCGGAUCAGGACCGAUUCGUUCUUUGGGAUCGACACAAUCGAACCCUUUGAACAAUCACCUCAUCCCAUCUCUGCCUCUCAACAACCCACCAUCAACCAUACCCUCCAUUCGGAUCCCCGUAUCCAACAGCAACCACUCGACCCCAACCAAUUCCCUCAGGGCCAACCGGCCAAUCCCAACCUUCGCCCCUCCUCGUUCUAUGGACUUCAAGUCGAUCCCACCGUAGAGCGCUCACAGGGCCACUCGAGUCCAAACUACAGAUCAAGCGGCACAAACAGUCCUUCAUCCAGUCUACCGCCGGACUCAGCCGAACAUCGAUACCGCCAAACCAACGCCCUCUCCCUCGGUCGCUCCAGCCAACGCCGCCAAUCCAGCAGACUCAGCUCGAUCCCUCAUCCUCAAGAGGGCUUCCUUCUCGACCCCAACAACCCCAACAGUCUCUCCGCUGGCCCACUACUCGACAACAGCCAUCUCAAACCUGGCAACAAGGCCAAACUCUUGAACCAUGCCAAAACACUCGAGCUCUAUCGAAACAACGCUAAGAAGACCAACGAUCCCGAGGUGAUGUUCGAGUUUGGAUGUUUCUUGAUGGACCUGGUGAAAGAGAUGAACGGCGAGGAUGAUGAGGACUGCAAAUCUAUCGACGGCCAAACUGAUUCCCUCGAUGGUCAGAGGCGAAGGUCUACUUUGGAUCCUUCUUCCAAGUCCUCAUCACCUGGAUGUGCCAACACUGAAAGAGAGAAGGAAAAGGCUUCGCUUACCCAGGAGGCACUAUUCUUGCUCCAGAAACUAUCGAACCGAGGGCACGUCCAGUCACAAUUUCUAUUGGCCGAUUGUUACACCAAAGCCAUCGGGACCGCGGGUGGUGUAUCCUCCGCUGGGAUUCAACAGCUCGGAAGUGGUGGACCCGGAUUGGAUCUCUCAAGUCCCAUGACCCGGAAGGGCUCGAAGCAAGAUUACGAGCGCGCCUUCCCCCUCUUCGUCUUGGCUGCCAAACACGGCCAUGUCGAAGCCAUGUAUCGUGCUGGACAGUGCUGCGAGUUUGGCUGGGGAACUCGCAAAGAAAGGGACAAAGCUCUCCAGUUCUAUCGGAAAGCUGCAAUUGCUCAACACCCUUUGGCCAUGUAUCGGCUCGGUCUGGCUGACUUGAAUGGUGAUCUAGGCCAACCAAGAAAGCCGAAGGAUGGUGUGAAAUGGUUAAAACGAGCGGCGGAACUGGCAGAUUCGGCACACCCGAAUCCGCUGCACGAGCUCGCUCUGCUACACGAACGUGGCUUGGAACAUGUGGUCUUUGUCGAUUACGAUUAUGCAGUUGAGCUGCUCGCUCGGGCAGCAGAGCUAGGGUAUGCACCAAGUGCAUACAAGCUAGGCGAAUGUUACGAGUACGGAAGGAUGGGAUGUCCUCAGGAUGCGGCGUUGAGCAUCCAUUAUUACAAUAUUGCGGCUCAGCAGAAUCAUAAAGAGGCCUGUUUCGCUCUCACUGCUUGGUAUCUCGUCGGCUCUCCAGGUGUCUUGCCCCAAUCAGAUACAGAGGCGUAUUUGUGGGCGAAGAAAGCGGCAGAGGCUGGGUUGGCGAAGGCUGAAUAUGCCGUCGGGUACUUCACCGAGGUUGGUGUCGGGACGAUUCGGGAUGAGCGGGAAGCGCAACGCUGGUUCAGGAGCGCAGCCGAGCACGGCGACAAGCGAGCCAAAGAGCGUCUGAAGAACGCGGCUGGUGGGCUGACGGUGAUCGAGGACAGCACCAACAAGGAGACGAGCAAGAGUGGCGUUGCUGGUGCUGGUGCUGGUGGCAAACGUAAGAGUCGCGCAGCGCUCACUAGCAGACGCAACUCGAGCAACCCAAACGAAAACUCCCUCCCCAACGUCCAUCCCCCCCUUCCUUCUUCCACUCCCGGUCUUAGUCCAAUCACCGCCGAUAACAAGAAAGGAAAAGAAGACUGUAUUAUCGUGUAA